AAUUGGUGAAUUAGGCGACCUCUUACACAAAAGCUCGCAACUAGAAUCAAUUACAACGACAUAACCUUACUCGUAUGAGAGUGAAACUGUUUUAACCUCGAAAUUCAUCAAACUUAAACUUCAUAAUGGCCAAUACGAAAGAACAGAAAUUAAAACAUUCCAUUUACUCCACUUCUCGAAAAAUGUCACGCGAAGUUGGGGCACACCUCAAUCUCGAAUUUGAAUCCGACGUUCUCGAUUUAAUUGCCGAAUUAACUUGGAAAAAACUCAUCUUGUACGCGUCGGAUUUAGAAGCUUUCCAGAAACAUGCAAAACGUUCAACCGUGACUAGCGACGAUGUGAAAUUAUUAGUUCGUCGAAACGAUUCUUUGAAGGAGUUAAUGGCGUCAAAGCUACAAGCCCUCAACGACAUUAAAGGAUCAUCAGAACCCACCUCAAAAAAGAAAAGAAAAGCUUCCAGCAACAACUCGUAAUUUUUUUUUUCGUUAAUAAUCCUAAUAAAAAACUAUUCUCGUAAU